AUGACCGCUCCCAGUUCAUCACCGGCCUCCAGUGGACCUCGGUCAGUUAACCCACCCGUGCGCCUUUCAUCCCUGAGCCUUAAAUUUAGCUGCCUGGUGGUAAUUGUCCUGACUGAUGACGCGAGUGGCGGAGACUUUCCUCACUCUCCUGUGAACUCUGGGGGCUCCCUGGGCGUCAACACCAGGGCUCCCUCGGCGUCAACACCAGGGCUCCCUCGGCGUCAACACCGGGGCUCCCUCGGCGUCAACACCAAGGCUUCCUGGGCGUCAACACCAGGGCUCCCUCGGCGUCAACACCAGGGCUCCCUGGGCGUCAACACCAAGGCUUCCUGGGCGUCAACACCAGGGCUCCCUCGGCGUCAACACCAAGGCUUCCUGGGCGUCAACACCAGGGCUCCCUCGGCGUCAACACGGGGGCUCCCUGGGCGUCAACACCAGGGCUUCCUGGGCGUCAACACCAGGGCUUCCUGGGCGUCAACACCAAGGCUUCCUGGGCGUCAACACCAAGGCUUCCUGGGCGUCAACACCAGGGCUCCCUCGGCGUCAACGCCAGGGCUCCCUCGGCGUCAACACCAGGGCUCCCUCGGCGUCAACACCAAGGCUCCCUCGGCGUCAACACCAAGGCUUCCUGGGCGUCAACACCAAGGCUUCCUGGGCGUCAACACCAGGGCUCCCUCGGCGUCAACGCCAGGGCUCCCUCGGCGUCAACACCAGGGCUCCCUCGGCGUCAACACCGGGGCUCCCUCGGCGUCAACACCAAGGCUUCCUGGGCGUCAACACCGGGGCUCCCUCGGCGUCAACACCAAGGCUUCCUGGGCAUCAACACCGGGGCUCCCUCGGCGACAACACCAAGGCUUCCUGGGCGUCAACACCAAGGCUUCCUGGGCGUCAACACCAGAGCUCCCUCGGCGUCAACACCAAGGCUUCCUCGACGUCAACACCAGGGCUCCCUCGGCGUCAACGCCAGGGCUCCCUCGGCGUCAACACCAGGGCUCCCUCGGCGUCAACACCAGGGCUCCCUCGGCGUCAACACCGGGGCUCCCUCGGCGUCAACACCAAGGCUCCCUCGGCGUCAACACCAGGGCUCCCUCGGCGUCAACACCAAGGCUUCCUGGGCGUCAACACCAAGGCUUCCUGGGCGUCAACACCAGAGCUCCCUCGGCGUCAACACCAAGGCUUCCUAGGCGUCAACACCAGGGCUCCCUCGGCGUCAACGCCAGGGCUCCCUCGACGUCAACGCCAGGGCUCCCUCGGCGUCAACACCGGGGCUCCCUCGGCGUCAACACCAAGGCUUCCUGGGCGUCAACACCGGGGCUCCCUCGGCGUCAACACCAAGGCUUCCUGAGCGUCAACACCAAGGCUUCCUGGGCGUCAACACCGGGGCUCCCUCGGCGUCAACACCAAGGCUUCCUGGGCGUCAACACCAAGGCUUCCUGGGCGUCAACACCAAAGCUUCCUGGGCGUCAACACCAAGGCUUCCUGGGCGUCAACAUCAGGGCUCCCUCGGCAGUUGAAUCCAUUGAGUCCAUGGUGGUUUCUAAAGUGCUGUUUUCCCCGACGGCUUGUGUCUUCUUGGCUGGAGUGGAGACUGCCAUUGGGUGCUGA